CUCUCUCUCUCUCUAUCCUUCCGAACGGAAAUCUUGGUCGGUUUCGGUCCGUUCUAGGGUUUCGAAAUCGGUGGGUGCUGGUCGAUCGCUCUCUCUCCUGUCCCUUCUCUCUCUUCGGCUGCAGAUCUGGCGGAUCUGAGGCGCCUUCCUAUCGACCGGACCCAGGAGCGCGCGUGAUCUGAUCCGCCGGGGGAGGGUGGAUCGAAGGAGGAGGCGAUGGCGUUGUCGGGGAUGAGAGGGCUCUCCGUCUUCAUCAGCGACAUCCGCAAUUGCCAGAACAAAGAGCAGGAGCGGCUCAGGGUCGACAAGGAGCUGGGCAACAUCCGGACCCGCUUCAAGAAUGAGAAGGGCUUGACACCUUAUGAAAAAAAGAAAUAUGUGUGGAAAAUGCUUUACAUUUACAUGCUGGGCUAUGAUGUUGAUUUUGGUCAUAUGGAGGCUGUUUCUUUAAUAUCUGCACCAAAGUAUCCUGAGAAGCAGGUGGGAUACAUAGUGACAUCUUGCUUACUUAAUGAGAACUAUGACUUCCUAAGAAUGGCUAUAAAUACUGUACGCAAUGACAUCAUUGGGCGAAAUGAAACCUUCCAAUGCCUGGCACUUACAAUGGUAGGAAAUAUUGGUGGGAAGGAGUUUGCAGAAUCACUAGCUCCUGAUGUCCAAAAGUUACUUAUUUCAAGUAGCUGCAGACCGCUAGUCAGAAAAAAAGCUGCUCUAUGCCUUCUGCGUCUUUAUAGGAAGAACCCGGAUGUUGUCAAUGUAGAUGGAUGGUCUGAUCGUAUGUCACAGCUUCUUGAUGAACGUGAUUUGGGAGUAUUGACAUCUGUCAUGAGCCUUUUUGUUGCACUGGUCUCGAAUCAUACUGAAGCAUAUUGGAAUUGUCUUCCGAAAUGUGUGAAAAUUUUAGAGCGGUUGGCUAGGAACCAAGAUAUCCUACAAGAAUAUACUUACUAUGGAAUUCCGUCUCCUUGGCUUCAGGUAAAGACAAUGAGGGCUCUUCAGUAUUUUCCAACUGUUGAAGAUCCAAGUACCAGAAGAGCUUUAUUUGAGGUUCUGCAACGUAUUUUGAUGGGCACUGAUGUUGUUAAAAAUGUUAACAAGAACAAUGCAUCACAUGCUGUUCUUUUUGAAGCCCUUGCUCUGGUUAUGCAUCUUGAUGCUGAAAAGGAGAUGAUGUCUCAGUGUGUGGCUUUACUUGGGAAAUUUAUAGCUGUCCGAGAACCAAAUAUUCGAUAUCUUGGCCUGGAGAACAUGACCAGAAUGUUGUUGGUCACAGAUGUGCAAGAUAUUAUUAAAAGACAUCAAGCACAGAUCAUUACUUCUUUGAAAGAUCCCGAUAUCAGUAUUAGAAGACGUGCUCUUGAUUUGCUUUAUGGAAUGUGUGAUGUGACAAAUGCCAAGGAUAUAGUUGAGGAGUUAUUGCAGUAUCUUAGCACAGCAGAUUUUGCAAUGCGUGAAGAACUGGCACUAAAAGCUGCCAUUUUAGCAGAAAAAUUUGCUCCAGAUCUUUCAUGGUAUGUUGAUGUCAUUCUUCAGUUGAUCGACAAAGCAGGUGAUUUUGUUAGUGAUGAUAUAUGGUAUCGUGUGGUUCAGUUUGUCACCAACAAUGAAGAUUUACAGCCAUAUGCAGCAGCCAAGGCGAGGGAGUAUCUUGACAAGCCUGCUUUGCAUGAGACAAUGGUCAAGGUCAGUGCUUAUAUUCUUGGGGAGUACAGCCACCUUUUGGCCAGAAGACCUAGCUGUAGCCCUAAGGAAAUAUUUGCCAUUAUAAAUGAGAAGCUUCCGACAGUAUCGAUGCCCACGGUUGCCAUUCUUCUUUCAACAUAUGCCAAAAUAUUGAUGCACACUCAACCUCCUGAUCCAGAAUUGCAGGAACAAAUCUGGGCGAUCUUCAAAAAAUAUGAGAGUUAUAUUGAUGUCGAGAUACAGCAAAGAGCAGUUGAAUAUUUUGCACUGAGUAGAAAAGGUGCAGCUUUAAUGGAUGUUUUGGCUGAAAUGCCUAAAUUUCCCGAACGACAGUCUGCUUUGCUGAAAAAGGCUGAAGAUGCUGAAGUUGAUACAGCAGAGCAAAGUGCCAUAAAACUUAGGAGUCAACAGCAGACAUCAAAUGCGCUGGUUGUAACUGAUCAACGGCCUGUCAAUGGAUCUCUCCCGGUCAACCAGCUAGGCCUUGUCAGAAUGCCAAGUCAGAAUAUGGAAGCUAGUUCCCACGAUCAAGGACUGACCAAAGAAAAUGGAACUGUCAGCACAGUAGAUCCAGCAUCCACCCAAUCAGCAGAUAUCCUGGGAGAUCUUUUAGGUCCUCUCGCAAUAGAGGGCCCUCCAGCUGCUGCAGUUUCAGCAGAGCAAAAUAUGGUCCCUGGUUUGGAAGCUACUCCUGAUGCUGCAGGUGCAUUAGCAUUAGCAACCGUUGGUGAUCAAUCAAACUCAGUUCAGCCAAUUGUGAAUAUUGCAGAAAGGUUUCAUGCACUGUGCCUGAAAGACAGUGGUGUGUUAUAUGAGGAUCCAUACAUUCAGAUUGGCAUAAAAGCAGAAUGGCGAGCCCAUCAUGGGCGUCUUGUUCUUUUCUUGGGAAACAAGAAUACUUCACCUCUCAUGUCUGUGCGAGCUCUGAUAUUGCCUCCAACCCAUUUAAAGAUGGAACUGUCAUUAGUACCUGAGACUAUUCCUCCGAGAGCACAGGUGCAAUGCCCGCUUGAAGUUAUGAAUCUUCGAGCAAGCAGGGAUGUCGCUGUUCUUGAUUUCUCCUAUAAAUUUGGAACUGCAAUGGCUAGUGUAAAGCUACGGCUUCCAGCUGUCUUGAACAAAUUUUUACAACCCAUAUCACUCCCUGCUGAAGAGUUUUUCCUCCAGUGGAAAGCAUUGUCUGGACCACCUUUGAAGCUUCAAGAAGUGGUUAGAGGUGUAAAACCGAUGUCUCUUCCUGAAAUGGCGAACUUGUUUGCUAGCCUUCACUUGGGAGUUACUCCAGCACUUGAUACAAAUCCGAACAAUCUGGUUGCUUGCACUACCUUCUAUUCAGAAAGCACUCGAGCAAUGCUUUGUCUGAUUAGAGUUGAAACGGAUCCAUCAGACAGAACCCAGCUCCGGAUAACCAUUGCAUCAGGAGAUCCAACACUGACAUUUGAGUUGAAGGAGUUCAUCAAGGAAUAUUUGAUCAUGAUGCCCGCAUCAACCCCUGCCGCUGCCGCCGCCGCCCCUGCCCCUGCUGCAGCUCCAUUACAGCCACAAUCACCAAUCACACCUGCAGGAUAUAAUGAUCCCGGUGCCAUGCUUGCUGGUCUUCUUUGAUGUAUUUUAAGCAGUAGUGUCUGGAUAUGCUCAUUGAUUUUCGAGAGAAUGCCCUUGGCCCCAGCAAAAGUCUUAUUUUAGAGGAGAGGAUGCUUGGGAAAGGACUGUGAGUGCAAGGGCUGGCGGGACAAAGGCAAGCUCAUUAUGAUCAGCAUAGUUUCUAGUUGGAUUUUCUCCAGGAAAGUCUUAAAUUCUUUUGGGGUCGCUGUUUCAGGCCCCUUAUUGAGGUAUUAUCAUAGUGUGUAAUUUUCUCCUUCUUUAUAUAAUCCCUUUUUCGCAAGGUCUGGUGGUUGAAUAUCUGUAAUUUGUUUAGAAAUGUAUUAGAUUUACUGGUUGCUGGAAGGUCAUUGUAAAAGUUUUUCCUUUGAUGUCAAUUCCACAUCUAUGUGUAUUCAAUAACGGUAGAGCAAACUGGAACAUGGUUCUUGGUUUUCUUGUUGAGAUGUAACCUCUGCAAUUUCAUGACCACGAUAUUUCAUCAGUUUCCUGUGACUAGUGAUAUG